CACUGCAUCAUUCCACUAAGAGGCGGGAUUCAUUGGUGCAGCCCAGAGAAAUCUGCUUUUCACAGUUCACACCAACCGUGCAUGAGAGUACUAUUCCUCACCCGAGAGGCGAGAUUCUGACCCGGAUACAAGACAGACUGUAGUCUCCAUCCUGUCAGACAGGAGGGAAUCGUCUCUGUCUGAAGCCAGAAUGUCUGACUGCAGGAGAGAGUGGAACCGGGAGGAUGAGCUGCCGGUCUACCUGGCGGGACCGAUCAGCACCGGCCCGAACCAGCGCAAAUCCUUCGGAAUGUUCAGCUCCGUGGAGGGCGCGUUUGAAAGCAAGACCAUAGAUUUCGAUAACUACGCUGUAGGGAGGCAAGGGAGCCGCACACCGCGGAGUGGGAGCAGGGAGAGACUGUUUGACACCCGUAAACCCGUCGGCCAAACGCCCACAGAGGCCCGAGAGGAGACACUGACCGACUCACCCAGAGACGGGGACGACGCAAACACCGGUGUUGAGGUCAGAACAUCAUCGAGGGAUGAAAGCCCCGAUGGAAAGAAUGAGAAGCUGCUGAUCAAAGGAGGACGGGUGGUCAAUGAAGACCAGUCUCUCUAUGCAGAUGUCUACAUUGAGGAUGGGAUCAUUAAGCAGGUGGGGGAGAAUCUGGUUGUUCCAGGGGGAGUCAAGGUGAUCGAGGCUGAUGGCCGUAUGGUGAUCCCAGGGGGGAUAGAUGUCAACACCUGUCUGAUGAAACCCUUCCUGGGCAUCAAGCCUGUUGAUGAUUUCCUGCAGGGCACCAAGGCCGCACUCGCUGGAGGCACAACCAUGAUUAUUGACCAUGUGACCCCCCAGCCGGGCGACAGCCUGAUGGAGGUGUUCGAACACUGGCAGGAGGCUGCAGAUAAAAAGGCUUGCUGUGACUACUCGCUGCACGUAGACAUUCCCGAGUGGAAUGAGACUGUCAAACAUGAGUUGGAGCUGCUGGUGGAAGAGAAAGGUAUCAACUCCUUCCAGGUGUACAUGGCCUACAAGGAUUUGUACCAGAUGUCAGAUUCUCAGCUCUACAAGGCGUUCUCCUUUCUGAAGCAUCUGGGCGCUGUGGUGUUAGUUCAUGCUGAAAAUGGAGAUCUGAUUGCUCAGGAACAGAGAAAAAUACUUGGAAUGGGAAUCACUGGACCUGAAGGCCAUCCUCUGAGUCGUCCUGAAGAGCUGGAGGCGGAGGCGGCGUUUCGUGCCAUCACUCUCAGCAACCGUGUGAACUGUCCUGUUUACAUUACCAAGGUGAUGAGCAAGAGUGCCGCCGACACCAUCACCCAGGCCCGCAGGAAAGGUUCUCUAGUUUUUGGGGAGCCAAUUUCAGCCAGCCUGGCCGCUGACGGCUCCCAAUACUGGAGCAAGAACUGGGCUAAAGCGGCCGCAUAUGUGACGUCUCCACCCCUGAGUCCCGAUCCCACAACUCCGGACCAUCUCCACACACUGCUCGCUUGUGGGGACCUCCAGGUAGUCGGCAGUGCUCACUGUGCCUAUAGCACUUCCCAGAAAGCCAUAGGUAAAGAUGACUUCACCCUCAUCCCAGAGGGAACCAACGGAGUGGAGGAGAGAAUGAGCAUUGUCUGGGACAAGUCUGUGGCUAUGGGGAAGAUGGAUGAGAACCAGUUUGUGGCAGUCACGUCUACCAACGCUGCUAAAAUCUUCAAUCUGUACCCACGUAAGGGCAGGAUAGCGGUGGGCUCUGACGCUGACAUCGUCAUCUGGGAUCCCGACAGUGUCAAAACCAUCUCAGCCAGACUCCAGCAGUCGGCUUCAGAAUAUAAUAUCUUUGAGGGUCUGGAGUGUUGUGGAGGUCCAGCACUGGUGCUGAGUCAAGGUCGAGUUGUUUAUGAGGACGGUAAUCUGCAGGCUCAUCCAGGCACCGGGCGUUUUAUCCCCCGCAAGCCUUUUCCAGACUUUGCCUACCAACGCGUUAAGUUCAGGAACCAGGGGAAGCAGGGUGUUACCCGUGGGAUGUAUGACGGCCCCGUUCAUGAUGUCGCUUGUACACCCAAAUAUAUUACCCCUUCUCCAUCAGCCAGAACUUCACCCACCUCUAACCAACCUCCCCCAAUACGGAAUCUACACCAGUCCAACUUCAGCCUGUCAGGGGCACAGGCUGAUGAUAAUGUUCCACGUAGGUCUGGUCACCGCAUUGUGGCACCCCCUGGUGGUCGCUCCAACAUCACCAGCCUUGGAUGAACACUUGACUGUGCACAAAGGGGGUUGUGGGGGUUUCACCUUUGUGUGUGUGCAUGUAUGACUGAGAGUAUGAAAAAAAUACCUUUGUUUUUCUUUGUAUAAUGGUGACACUCUCCCUUUAGACUCUAAAGGUUUUAUCAGUUUGCCUUGAACCCGUGUUCAGUGACAAGAAGUAGGUUAAUACUAAUAAAUGUAAAACGAGAGCUAACGUUACAACAUCAACUAAAUAGUUACCAAAAAAUGUGAAAAACUGAGACUCGUGAUUGGGACGCUCUCUCACACACACACACACACACACUCACACAGAUCUGGUGUCGGACCCCUGCCAUGCACUUAAAUGUGACCCCAGUCUCAUGUCAUCACGUCUCCUUUCUUGUGGGCAUGACGUCCUCCACAGUCUUCCUCAAAUCACGUGACUUAUUGUGUAGGUCUGCUCAGACAUGGUGCUCCUGACAGCUGCGGAAAACAACACUUCUCUCCUUCAUCUGGUUGUUAACAUCUUGGAAAUAAUUCUAUUUUCUCAUUGUGACCAGAUCAGAUUAGGCUUCAUAUUGCAUGGACACAUCAUUGGAGUUUGCACUAAGUGUUUCUAUGGACAAACACUCUAAAUAUGUUACUAAUGGCACAUUUGUAAUUAACAGCACAACUGUACAGUAUUCAUAUUUUGUUAAACAUUUGCUUGAAAAUAAAUAUAUCAACUGCAAUGCAGCUUCCACUUCACCAGUUGAUAUGUGCAAUAUGCUCCUGUCAUGUGUUAGGUAGACAAGCAGUUCAAAUAAACACGAAUUGACAGCUAGAUGAAAUCUCAAUUUUCUGUACAUGUCCUAUAGUGUUUCACAUUGAAGAUGUUAUAACUGUGUGCUCAGUUUCAGCAAAUCUCUCUUGCCAGGUAUAGAUUUUUCUGUAAUGACAUGAACUCACUGCUGUAAAAGGGCUCUCGCUCUCAUCACCACAGACUUCACUCUUUUUUUUUAAAUGCCAUUUCCUCUUUUAUCAUAUGAAUUCUGAAUGUUUUCUUGUACACUUAGUGUUUCUACUGUUUGUGCUGUUGUUGUCUCCAAUGGAACCACUUGCGAUCAAUAAAGACUUGUAAGACUGUUGUAAAAACAAA